GCCCCCUCCUUGCGCAGCACCACCAGCCGGCGGAGGAUGAGGCGCUCGAGGAGGCCGCACACGACGUGAUAUACAGGCGGUUCUCGCCUUCCCAGAAGAGGAUGAUACUCGCGAUCGUGUCGAUUGGUGGCCUUUUGCCGCUGUUCGUGUCAGGAACGUUUAUACCUUCCAUACCCGAGAUCGCGCGCGAUAUGGACUCGACGGGCCCGGUUGUGAGUCUGGCCGUGAGCCUGUCUAUACUGGCUACGGCGUUCGGAUCUCUCAUGUGGUCUGGAUACUCCACGUAUUACGGCCGGCGUGUCAUCUACUUCGCGAGCUUGCCCAUCCUCGUCGUCGGGAGCGUCGGUGUCGCAGCUGCGCGUAACCUUCCGCAGCUACUCUUCUGGCGAUUCAUCCAAGCUUUUGGAUGCGCAGGCGGCUUUCCGCUCGGGAGUGGGGUUAUCGGGGACAUAUACAAGCUCGAGGAGCGGGGCACUGCGAUGGGCAUUUUCUUUGGGGCCUCACUUUUUGGACCCGCAAUUGCUCCUCUCGCCGGUGGCAUUGCCGCAGAGUACUCAUCGUGGCGCGUCAUGCAGCUCAUCCUCGGUCUGUGGGGGUGCCUUGAGUGGCUGCUCAUAUGGGCAUUACUACCUGAGACGAGCCAUCCAGGUCAACGCGGGAUCGACAAGGUGCCGGAGGACGAGCGCGUCGGAAUCAAGAUCAUCAAUCCUAUCGCAGGGCUGGGGCUCAUGCGCAGUCCGAACUUGUUCUUCGUGUCGAUAGCAGGAUCUGUUGCGCUGCUGACAGAUUUCGUUUUGCUAGUCCCUCUAGCAUAUACCGUGGGCGUGCGAUACAACAUCACCAACUCUGCUCUGGUGGGCGCAUGCUUCAUCCCCAACGGGGUUGGAAACCUAACUGGCGCACCACUCGCAGGCCGUCUCUCGGACAUUGUCGUUCGCAAAUGGCGCAAACGCCGAGGUGGCAAGUGGGUGCCGGAGGACCGCCUCCGGGCUGUAUGGAUUGGCGGCGUCUUCCUUGUGCCGCUCUCCGUCGCGGCUGCGGGUCUCGUCACCGAGUACGUGGAUGGUACGCUUGGGCUCGUACUCAUCUUGAUUUGUCUCUUCACGAACGGUAUGGGGGUCGACUUCGUGCUGAGCCCUUCAGCUGCGUACGGCGUGGACCUGAUACACUCGCGGAGCGCGGAGAUUAUCGCUGCUAACAGUGCCCUUCGAAGCUUAGUCAUCGCUGUCGCAACCGCAGGCAUCCUGCCUUCUAUAGAGCAUUUCGGAGUGGCUGCAACAAAUAUCGGCGCGGCGGUGCUUGCGUGGCUGGGUUACGGACUCAUCCACAUCACGAUUCAGUACGGAGAGCAGUUCAGGGCUUGGGUUGAUGUUGGGUACUCCACUGUGCGAGACAACUGAGGUUCCGUACCGAGAACGCGUGGCUUGAAAAU